CCCAUGAGACAGAAACUUGACAAGACCAGAAAGUAUUAGAUAGAACAUAAAAAAUCCCGUUGGAGAAGCUCUCCCACGAAUCACACUCCAAAACAGCAAUCCAAUCCGAAAGCGUGCCACGUCAGAUAAAGAAAAGUGGUUGAGGGAGGAUUGCAUCCAUGGCCACCGCAUUUGCAUCCUCCUCAAUCGCAACCUUCAUCUCUUCUUCUGCAAACUCACACUCAUGUUUGCCUCUCCCAACUUCAAAAAAAUUCAUCCUUUUUGGCAACCCACUUCAGAAAAACAGCAGAUUACUCCGACCCAUUAUUCUUCUUCCUCCUGUUGCUGCUGCCGAAGAUGUUAAUAAUGUUAUAUCUUCGGAAACGGCGGUGGAUGCCACGCAGCAAUUGUACCCAGAAACCGAUGAAGGAGUGGCCACAGUCGUGUCCGCUCUUUUCUUCUUUGCUUUCAUUGGCUUAUCCGCUAUCACUAUUGGGGUUAUCUACCUAGCGGUGACGGAUUUCCUGCAGAAGAGAGAGAAAGAGAAGUUUGAGAAAGAAGAAGGUGGUAAGAAGGGGAAGAAGAAGAGGAAGAAGGUGGGAAGAGCGAGGGCAGGGCCUAGAGGGUUUGGGCAAAAGGUUGUUGAAGAUGAGGACGACGAUGUUAUUGUUUAGGAUAACAUUUUAUUCAGCUCCUCGUCUCAUUGCAUCAAAAUCGGAUUUUACUUUAACCCUCCUUUUUUUUAGUAUUCAGAGUGUGAUUUUGAGUUUCCAGAACAAAUGUGCGGAAAGAGAGUAAUUUACCUUUGUGGGUGGUUAGUGAAAUUCAUUGCAGGAUAGUGUUGAAUUUAUGGGAACUACCAUGCCUUCGCUGUCUUUCUUGUUCUUGUUCUUUUUCUUGUUCUUGUUCAUUAUUGAUUUAUUGGCUUAUUACUUCAAUUUUAUAUCAUGAUUCCUGGAUUU